UUAGCGCGUCAUUAAAAUACCUAGGGACUUUUUCACGGUAUGAAAGCAAACCUGUAUUUCAAAUUGUUUGAUCAAUACAUUGUGAACAGUUAUAACAUCGUUUGAUGUUUUGUUAAAAAUUUAUUGAAUAUUGACGUUAAAUAUUAAUUUCUAUUGAUUCAAAACAGUUAAAAUGACGUCGAACCAUAAAGGAAUGAAACAUUUUAUUCGACGAGCACCUAUUACGACAAAUUCAGAAAAAGCUGUCGUGGAAUAUUUCUUGUCGAAGCAAGAAGAUCGUAACAUUAAAAAGUAUCCGGAAUGGGAUAAGCCAAGAGUUUACCCGGCAUUAGAAGCAGUUAGAGCUCGUUGUGAGUUAGCAAAAGUCGAGAAGAAAUUACAAGCGAAAUGGGUCGAACAGGAGAAAAAGCGAAAAAUCAUGGACAAACAGUGGAGGGAAAUGAGAUUGCAAGAGUCGAUAUUGCGUGAAUCAUUUAUAAAAUUCAAUAGAUUCGUAAGGGAAAAUCAGGAAAAACGUGAACGCGCCGAGAUGAAAAUCAAAGAGGAACGGGAGCGUCAAGCGAAGCGGAUGGAAGAAGUCAACGAUUUGAUCGAUAAGCUAAAUUAUAUGAAAGAAACUCGUGACAAGAUGAAGAAACACGUGGAUGAAUAUAAAAAGUAUCAAACUUAUUUGGAUAAUGUUGUCAACGAUACAGGAGAAUUUCAGUCAAUCGCAGAAAUUUUUAAUCGUUACGAAACUUUAAUGGAGGCACGAAUGAUCUUAGCCGAGCACCAAGAUAAGAAUCUUCAAAUAUUAGAGCAUCAGGGAACGGAACUGCAUCACAUGACGGAAUCAAAGACCGAAAAAUUCAUGGGAUUGAAUAAUCAAUUAGCGCAAUUACAAGCGAGACGCGACAGGGCAGAAGCGCGAGCCCGUAAAUGGGAGACGAUCGUAUCUAAGAUAAAAGUAACUGCGGCGGAGAAAAAUCUAGAGCACACGCAAGUAAAGAUUUGUUGCUGGAAUCUGUAUCAACAGAUCUGUAAGAGAAAGGGUAUUGCCGUCACCGUCAGUAAAGACGAUGUCGAGCAACAAUUGAAUCAAAUCAAACAAACGAUCCGUGAACUAAAACGACUGAUCAAAGUCGCUAAAAAACGUGCACCGAAGGAAGAGCUGCCGGUAAGUGACAACCUGAUAUGUUAUGCAGAAGUUCUGAAUAGUCUUCUUGGAGCCUUUCUUUCAACUUUUUAGUGGCU